AGCCAGUAAACUUCAACUUCAACUUAUUUUAAGUUGGCCAUGUGGUUGUAAUCGAUUGUUUUGAAGUCUCCUAACAUACAAAACUAAUCUACAAAUUUUUAAAAUGGAAAAGCGCUUUAAGCAUCUUAUAGUCGAUUCAGGUGCUUUUAUUAAAAGAUCGCCUGUACACGAAUAUGCUGAGCAUAUAUAUACUGUUAGAGGUGUUAUUAGAGAAAUAAAAGACAAAGAAACUUUGCAGGCCUUGCAAUUUCUUCCUUAUGAGUUGAAGCUUAAAGAACCUUCUCCUGAGAGCUUCAAAUAUGUUGUGGAAUAUUCAAAGAAGACUGGAGAUUAUGCAAAUUUAUCUCUUGUAGAUUUGCAGGUUUUAGCACUUACAUAUCAGCUUGUAAAAGAAAAUAUUGGCACAGACCAUUUAAAUAAAGAUCCUAAAUGCAAGGUUUCUGAUAAACCAGCAUUUUCAGAUGUGCAGUUAAGUGGAUUUUAUAUUCCAAAAAAGGAUUUGAAGGAUCUUCCAGAAAAUGAAGCUAAUGAUAGUACAGAACUUAGUGAACUUCUCCAAAACAAUCUUAAUGACAUUGAAAAAGAGAACUCAAAUAGUUUGAUUAAAGAAGCAGAUAAUUUGAAAAAUGACAAAUCUGAAAUAGAUAUAAAUCAUUCUAAAUCUUUCAAUGAAGAAGGAAAUGCUGGUGAUGUAAAAUCAGAUGAAGAUGCUAUUGCUGCAUCUAGUGAAGAGAAUGAUGCUGAUGCUGAUGAUGAUGAAGACAGUUGGUUGACACCACAAAAUAUUGAUGAAGCACGUGAAAAAAUGGGAGCACUAAAAUUGGAUUCUUCAGCUGAAGUAGCUUGCAUCACGACUGACUUUUGCGUUCAGAAUGUACUCAUUCAGAUGGGAAUCGAUGUUGUAUCAAUUGAUGGUAUGCUCAUCAAGCAAGCACGUGUCCACAUACUCCGGUGUUUUGCAUGCUACAAAACAACAAAUGAUAUUACAAAAAAGUUUUGCCCAAAUUGUGGAAAUAAAACUUUGAAAAGAGUUGCAGUCACUGUAAAUGAUGAUGGUACAAAAAAUAUCCACAUUAAUUUUAGACGUCCUCUCCAAAUCAGGGGAACAAGAUAUUCUUUACCAAUGCCAAAGGGUGGUAAGCAUGCUAUGAAUCCUAUACUUUGUGAAGAUCAACCAAUUCCACACAACAGACCUUGCAAGAAAGCACUAGAAAAAAUAGAUGUUUUAGAUGAAGAUUAUGUUGUGCGUUCUUCACCAUUUACUCUAAAUGAUGUAAACAGCCGAGCUGCUAAGCUUGGUAUCCGAGCUAAUAGGACUUAUCAGACUCGAAGAAACCCAAAUGCUAAUAAAAGAGGUACUGGAAAUAGAAAAAGCAAACGUUAGAAAACUUUAAAAAAGGAUUGGUUUUCCAUUAUUACUAUCUUGCAUCAUUAUUGUAAUGUUCUUAUUUAUCAUCAUGAAAUUAUCUGUAUAAAAAACAGUUUGUAAUAUAAA